UCACCCUGCAAAUCGGUAUGCGGAAGUAUGAAACUGGUUGCAAAUCGGUACGCAGCGUACGAUUCUCUGAUUUUCCCACGACUGUUUCUUCCUUUAUUCGGUCCCCAUCACGCAGUCUUGAUCAGCAAAAUGUGGAUAUCUCUCCUCUGAAUAAUGUGAAGUGGAUGAGAAGAGUGUAUUAUCGUUCUUCGAACUGAUUGCUACGAAGAUGCCGCGAAAGACCGCUCAGCAGUUGGAUGCAUACAUUAAGGCAACAGCCGUCGUGUACGACCACUCCAACACCAAGCUCAUCAGCAGGAAGACUAAAGUCAAACCAAGGAGGAAACAAGCUUUCCUGUCUGUACUGCAUUACGGGAAAACGUCUUCGGAUGAUUGCUGUGCAAAGAGAAGAUCAUCAAAACGACGGAUUUCACGACAAUUGAGGUGCACAAAUAAAAGCCGGAGCCAUGCCGGGAAACAGAAGCUGCAAAUAUUUGUACGGACCCCCCUUUUACAUACACCGAAGACGCUUUGCUUCCGUCUCGAUCCGGGGACUUCCAUCUCAAGUUUGAAGGAAAGGAUACAAACGAAGAUCGGUGUUGAGGCACGAUAUCAGCGGCUGUACUUCAGGAGAAACUUUCAGCUUUGUGACUUGUUGACGCUUGAAGAUAAUGGCAUCGAGAAAGACGAGAACAUCUCACUUCGUCUAUCCUUUGAUGGUUUACUAGGCGGUGGACCAAAAGAAAGGGCACAAUUUGAUCAGUUUCUCUGGGAUAUCGCCACAAAAAUUGAGUCGGCUUGGAAGGAAGUGGCCAAAAACCUGGAAUUUGAAGAAGCAGACAUUGGUGAAAUUCAAGCUAAGAACGAAGAUGACUCCAAGGAACAGGGCAAGGCGAUGCUAUUUACUUGGUGGAGCAAGCAGAAGAAGAGCAGGGAAGCAUCUCAGAAGCUGAGAGAAGCAUUGGAGGCCUCGGGUUUGGCUGAUUUGGCGCUGAAAGUACCAGAUCUAGGCAACCGAGGGAGUGACAAUUUCGCCACGUCAGCGGCAGCGGCUGCAGAUCAUAAGACAUCUAAGCAAGAGGAGCAAGAAGUCACCGAGAUGAUAGCAGUUGAGAAGACAUUAUCGGAUAGAACCAGAAUGGAGCAGGAGACUGGCAAACCAGAUAUGUCCCAGCCUGAGACACGUCCAGUUGGUGAGUUCAAAGAUCCAAGCAGCAAGCCCCCCUCAGCAGCAUCAUUGGAUCAACUGGUACUCGGGGAGAGGCAGAUUGGUGCCCAACACGGACAAGUGGAACAGCAGCUGGUAGACGUCACUGUAUCAACAUCAUCAGAACGGAUGAUAGAUUCUGCUGAAUUACAAUCUUGCUCAGAGGAAAAGCAUAUGACAAGGACCCGUGCAACUCCCGAAUUAGAGCAAGGCGAUGAUUCACAUAUACACAGUCCUAAACAUCUGGCAACGAUACCACCCGGGCAGAGACUACAUGAGUCGGUUGAGUAUGUACGUAUAACUCAGCCUUUGACGACGCUAGCAGUAGAAGAAAUGGAACAAAACAAUCGCCAUGCGAUGUCAUCACCUGAACAAGAGAGACUUAGACAGGAGACUGGCGGUCCAACCGGACAUCAGUCUCAGAAACAGCAAUUGGCUGGCGGGACGAAUUUGGUAUCACCUGAGCAAAUGAAACACAGUCAGGUUUCAAGCUCAAAUUCAGAAAGCUUAGCCUCAUCAGCACCUCAGAGAAGCACAUCAUCAGUAUCUGCGGUACAGAAAUACGGGUCUAAUGGGUCAAAACAAGUUUCAGUGGAUCUCAAUGUCGGCGGUAGCUACGAUCCUAUCUUUCUUGCUCCUGUUACCAACACUACUGUGAAUUUCAUUCAAAAUGUGAAUGUCACAGGAAAAAGUCCAGAGUUCCCCAAAGUGUCUAUAGAAACGGACGUAACAAGGCAGGGUUGCAAGGACAGUGGUAUGACUGAUAUUCUCUGGACCGCCAUGACCAAUUUAUGUAAAACACACGGAUCGGAUUACCUACUUGAGCAGGUCUCUGCUUGUCUAAAACCAUACGGCAUAGAGCUUGAGCAAGUAAAAUCUGGGUCUGUGACAUUUGUUGUUCGCAUCUUGAGCCGGGAGGGUCUGAACAAACUCUGGAGUAUGUACACCACUGGAGAACUCGCCAGGAAACUGACAGAGAUCAUCCUCACGGAUGAACUGAUAACAGAAGAUAAGAGUGAUUUGGCCAUCCAGGCGACUGUACUGCAAAGCGACUACGAACAGGCCUGCAGAUUCUUUGACAAUUUGGAAAGAGACCAACAGAAAGAUGAAGAGGACUCAAGCGGCAUGGCAGAGGUACAUCAUACACAACUAAACGAAAGCAGCACCACAACGUCGGCUUACAGUGGCGAUCCAGCUGAACACGCUGCUGACAGAUGCAACGAAAAGCUCAAGACAUUGUUUAUGACAACAGAAGAAGAGGACUCAAGCGAAAUGACAGAGGUACAGCUUACACAACCGGGAGAAAGCAGCACAGCAACGUUAUCUAGCAGUUCUGAUCCAGCUGAACUCGCUGCUGUUAGAUGCAAAGAAAAGAUGAAGACAUUGUAUAUGACCACAGGUACAUAUUCACAAAUGGUCAAAUGGGUAGAUGGUGACACCAAGAAGAUAUUAAUGCCAAAGCUAACGUUGGUUGAGGCUGGCGAUGAGACAGAGAAAAUGGUAAUAUCAUAUGAAGAUAUUUUCCUCCAGAAAACACCGGAGGGCGAUCCGAUUAAACUGGCCGUUCUGACUGGACCAGAUGAUGAGCAAAAGUCCAUAAUUUUGGAAAACAUUGCGUAUGAUUGGGCAACCGGCUCCAGUCCUACACUCCAAAACUUCGAAAUUGUUAUUGUCUUGCCAACGCAAACCAUUGAUCAAGAGUCUGACCUGCAAAUUGCAGUCACUGAAAAAGAGUUACACCUUGUUGACUUGAUCUACGCUCAACUAUUGGGUCAAGACACAUAUAUUGACAGAGGUGACUUGAAGUCAUUUAUUGACACCAACCCUCACAAAGUACUUGUUCUCUGGGAUGGGUUUGAUAUCUUACCGUACACGUACAGCAUUGGGAAUACAACUAAAGUUGAUACUUGUCUUGAACUCCUAAAUAGGAUGGCAACAAAGGGAAUACGGAUACUUGUAACCACACGUCCCUCUAACAUACAGACAUUCAUGAGCAAAUCAAUGGACCAGGAGCCUGUCACUCAUAUUGUCUUCGAUAAUCCUGGUCAGGCUGAGGAUCUCAUUGACAGAAUCAAAUCCUCAGAUGUCCUCUCCGACUGGGCUAAGAGCUUAAACCUGAUGCCCUUGCUGUGUUCAUUGUCGAGACAUUCAUCACUACCUGAUACAAUGUCACACCUUUACAGUAGGGCAAUGACAUAUAUAUUCACACGACAGACAGAUAUGUCACAGGACGAAUUAUCCAGAGUACUGAUUGCCCUUUGUAAGACUGCAUUGGAGGGUCUGGUUUCCCUUCAGCAAAGGUUUACAUUUCAAGAAGAAGAGUUUGAGGAUGAGGCUCUCGAGAAGGCCCUAGAUGCAGGUCUCCUUAUUCGCCAACGAGUCCCUAUUGGUCAAAAAUUUGUCAACGACUGCAUACAGUUUAGUCACAAGACAAUGCAAGCAUUCUGCGCUGCUAAAUACUGCCAGAGUUUAUCAGACGAGGAGUUUCAGAAGCUUCUUGAUCAAAUUGACGACCCGUGUAAUAUUCAGUAUCUGUUGCGCUUCUGCUGCGGCGACAAUAAGCAAUGCUGCAGACAAAUAUUGCUGAUGCUGCAUAGGAAAAAUACAAAAGGCAAGGAAGAGAAGGAGUUGGCCUUACAGUGCUACUUCGAAAGUCAAGCAACACAUGUGAUAUCGGAAGAUGUCAUCAAAUCGUGGUUGACUGGAUGUGGUUCUUUGUCCAUAAGUGAUCAUACAUUGAAGUCGCGCAUGUGGUUACUGCAGCAUGUUGCCGAUCAGACACAACUCACGGGAUACCUCGCUAAAAUACACGACAUUACAUUUGCAGGGUGUGACCUGUCAAGAGUAGCUAAAGUCGUAGCUUCGCGUUUAACAACCAUGACAAAUCUGUCAUCAUUGUGUUUGGAUAAAUGCAGACUAGCAGGUUACCAGUUUGAUGACAUUUUAUUAUCACUUCAAAGGGCAGGCAACUUGACUCAUCUAACGCUUUCUGGUACUGGUUUAGGCGGCACUGCAAAACAUUGGGCUUUCAAAUUGCAAGGUCUCAAAAGUCUCCAGGCACUAUCAUUCACUUCAUGUAACUUGAAUGCGGAAGAUAUACCACAUAUUGCAUCAUCGGUCGGGAAGAUGCCAAACCUUGCCAAUCUGAACCUUUCAAGCAAUAAGGUCUUGGGUGGUAACGCAGGAACGUGGGCGGCUAGUUUGCAGACGAAGACUCACCUGUUUCGCGUACAGCCAUACGACAGUGGCAUGCAACUAAUCAUUGGGUGGUUAUCACUUACCAGUGAGGACUUUGCGAGUAUUUUAGAGUCAUUCAGUAAUCGGAGAGACUUAGUCAGUUUGAAACUUGAUGGCAUUCAUGGUGCGGGUGGUUCUGCAGGUAUCUGGACCAUACCUUUACAAAACCUGACGGGGAUUCGGGAGUUGGGUUUAAGAAAUUGCUCACUGCAAAGCACUGAUAUUAAACACCUUGCUGCAGCAUUAGGUCAAAUGCCAAACCUGGCCGUUCUUAACCUGAAAGGCAAUUAUGACUUGGGUGGUAUGAUGACAUCACAAACGUGGGCGGCUAGUUUACCGUUGAUGAUUCACCUAAAAAAGCUUGAUAUGACAGACUGUAAUAUGGGGGAUGAUCAUUGGGGCAUGAGUUACAAUUUGAAAUACAUCGCUAAAUCAGUGAGUGUCAUGGGGAAUCUUGUGCAUUUUGAUUUCAGUGGUGAGUUAGGGGAAAUGCGUGUACAGCCAUGUGGUAAUGGCAUACAACUGAUCAUUAAGGGGUUCUCACUAACCGGCAAGGAUAUGGCGGAUAUUUUACAGUCAUUUAGUAAUCGGAGAGAUUUAGUCAGUUUGAUCGUUAGAGACAUAUGUGGUUCUGCGAAUAUAUGGACCCCACCCUUACAGAACAUUACGCACCUGAAGGAGUUAAGAUUAACACACUGCUCAUUGCAGAGCACUGACAUUGAACCCCUUGCUGCAGCAGUAAGUCGCAUGCCAACAGUAGAAUCCCUCAGUCUGGUGGGAAGUUGUUCUUUGAGUGGCUCUGCAAAAACAUGGGCUCCCAGUCUAAAACAAAUAAAACAUGUUAGUAGCCUGAAAUUUGGCGGAUGUGCAUUGACCGAAGAAGAUAAGAAGCACAUAUCUGAGGCAUGGGGAAGUGGAGUUGACUUCCGAGUCUCCUGAAGAUGACUAGAUGUCAAAUCUGGGUCUGCGCUGAGAUAUAAUGAUGCGCAUGUCCAGGUGUAUAAUAUAAGCAGGUACGAGUAUAUGAUGUAAAUUUUAAGUCAUCUGGCUCGAGUCAGUCUCCAAGUCACCAGUUAUUGUGAGAAACCUAGGAAACGGAACAUUCUAUUAAUUCCAAUUUUUUUUGUACGGACGCACGAUAUGACACGAUAAUUAUGGAAAACGCGGGAAAUAUUCUGAGAAAUGACGCAAUAGUCAUCCAUUAACUUAAAACUAAAUCAUCCGUACUCAAGUUACCCAAUUUCCAACUAUAGAAAUAAUAGGUAAUUAUAUGAUAUUCGCGGUAAACUGAACACAUACAUGUAUUUCUCUUUUUUCAACGAAUUAGCCAUUGUAAAGACUGUGCUACAGAUUGUACAUGUCUUCGCUAAGGCCAAAAAAAAGUCUCCGGUUUCUGGUUUCGCCGUAGCCAUGCGCGUCGGCAAAAUGAAAAAGUUUUUUUUUUCAAUAAAAGAUGAUGUCUCAAAACCGUCAAACUCACUGG